UAAAGUUAAGUACUAAUUCAGAGCUCCAUGCAACUCAUUUUCAAGUAAUAGGAGCAAGUAUCUGAAAUUAUAUCUAUAAUCAAUUAUGUAUAUGUGAUUUGAUUUGAUUUGUUUUUUAUGCAAGUUUGAUUUGAUACAAGGAUGUUGGAGGGAGGAGACAAGUUGAGAUCAUCACAGUGGUGGUGGCUAAACAUAAACAACAAGGCUCGUUCCAAUCGAUCCCUAUCGCUCAAUUCAAUUCUUGCAGAGCUAGAAGAGAAGACUAGUUCAACGCGGAAUCUCAUCGAGCAAGAUGUAGAGUCAUUUUCACAACGUGCGGAGGCGUAUUACAACAUGAGGCCUAAGCUAAUCAGCAUGGUUCAUGAUUUCCACCGAAUGCAUACUUCAUUAGCUGAGAGUUAUGAUCAACUCAUCAAGUUUGAAAUUGGGAGUCACCUUUUAACAUCUUCUUUCGGUUCACUUUAUGUGGCUAAAAACCAACUGAGGAAGUCGGUGAGCUUGCAAGAAAAUGUGCUGCAUAGCUACUCCAAUGGCUGUAAGUUGGUUGAGUUUGACGAGCCUGAAGUUGAUGAUCCGGAGAAACAAGGAGGAGAAGAAAAUGAGUCGAGUGAUUGUGAAUGGAAGAGGUUGAAGGAAGAGUUGGAGAAACUUCGAAAACAAAAUAAGGUUCAAAGGGAGGAACUGAUGCAGAAGGAUGAAGACAAGAGAGAUGUUAUUAGACAGCUGAGUUUGGCCAUGGAUUUGUUGAUGGAAGAGAAUUUGAUUUUGGAAAAGUGUCUCUAACAAUUUUUCUAGUAUCAUCUUUGGGAUAAUCUAGUACUAGUACCUCACUGGCCUGAUGAUACAUACAUACAUACCUAUUCAUAUUCAUCGAA